AAAGUCAUUCCAUUGGGCGUGAUUUGUGACCAAUGCAUAAAAUAUUGCAAUUUCUAGUCCUUAUUUUGGGAUCUUGAUGUGAUUAAAUCGAAGCAAUUUUCCAUUUGCUCCAAAAAUUGCAAGAGCAUUGUUAAAUGACAAUUUAACAAUAGUACGAAAUUUAUUCUACUGCAUUCACCGGACAUUACUGUAUCGUGAAAUUUAAUCCUUUGCAAUGGCAGCAGGUGGUAGCAGUUUUAUAAGUAAGCCAGCCAGAGGGUGGUUGCAUCCAGAUAAUCUAGUAAGCAAGGAAGGGAUUACUUAUACAGUGAAGUACAUUGGAUGUCUUGAAGUGUACACGUCCAUGAAAAGUUUAGAUUUUGAAACACGUUCAUCUGUAGCUAAGGAAUGUAUAAAUAGAGUCUGUGAAGCUGCUGGAUUAAAAUCUGCUGACAAAAAGAGAAGGGUUGAUAAAAAAGUGUUGAGGGCUAUAUCGGACAAACCUCGCAUGGAGCAUACCACCGCUAGCGUUAAUUUAACCAUCAGUAGUUGCAGUUUAUCCUUAACUAAUAUAUCAACUGGACAUAUUAUUGCCAAACAUGACAUGCCACGUAUAUCUUUCGCUUCGGGUGGCGAUACGGAAAUAUUGGAUUUUGUUGCAUACGUCGCCAAAAAUAUGCAAGAAUGGCGUGCGUGUUACGUGCUUGAAUGCGCAAAUGGCUUGGCGCAAGAUGUUAUAUCCACCAUUGGACAAGCGUUUGAACUUAGGUUCAAAGAAUUCCUCACAAAACCAAGCUCUCUCCAUCCCGUGCUAAACGGCGUCAGAGAAGCAGAUAGAGAUUAUUACAAUGAUCUCCCAGGGAAAGUACCGCCAGAUAUUGGCCCGCCGCCAGUACCCCCUUUGCCUAACACAGCAUCCACUCUGCCUAAUCUGAAGCAUCAUCAAAAUCAUGCGUCACGCACUCAAGCACAAAAUGUUGCAGCCGAUUCGUUUUCCUCUACUGCUGACAGACAAUGGGCUGAAACUGAGAAUCUCAUUGAUUUAAAUUCUGACGGUGCUAUAACUUCAUCGACGAAUUUAAAUGCUAUGCCUGAGCACAAUUACGUUAAUGACAGUGUCAUAGCUGCAAACAGAGACAAUCAUCGUGAUCCAGCGUCAAUGUUUGAUGUUUUUGACAUGCAGCCAUUCAGUUCUGCCAUAUCUGACAUGAGUAGACUAAGUCCCCGAUCGCAAAAGCAUCAAUUAAAGCAAGAAAUUUGGUUUCACGGAAGUGUUAGUCGAUCUGAAGCGGAAUCCAUGCUUACUAGAGAUGGCGACUUUUUGGUUCGGGAAUCACAAGGUUCUCCUGGUCAAUACGUUCUGACUGGUAUGAAUAAUGGUACCCCAAAGCAUUUAUUACUAAUCGAUCCUGAAGGUGUUGUUCGCACAAAAGAUCGUGUAUUUGACAGUGUGAGCCAUUUAGUGAACCAUCACUGCGACAAUGUAUUGCCAAUUAUUUCGGCUGACAGUGUUUUAGUAUUGCGUUAUCCCAUCCCCAGGCAUACAAAUUAUUAAUUUUAUACAACAACAUUGAAUAAUAAUUGAGGACAUAGACUUGGCAACGAUUUUCCAAAUAGUAUAUUUUGAACGUGUGUACAUGCGAGAAUCUUUGUCAAGUCUGGCUUUUUGUGAUAUUUUUCAAAAUGAGUUUCUUCACGUAAAACGUAUGCAUUGUUUAUCCAUAAAAAUAUGCAUUUGUUCAUCCUUUCUAUUAUAUAUGAAUAGAUAAUUUAUGAGAACGUGUCUCUGUGAAUCCUUAUAAAACGUGCCAACCCAGCCAAAGUAAUUUUGUAUAAUUGCUAUUAAUUUAUCGGAAUUAAGUACAUUCCAGUUUCUAUUAAUUUAUAAGAAUUAAGCCCAUAUCGAUUUUAUGUAUAAAAUAUUGCCUGGCCUAUGAUUCUCAAUUUACUUAAGAUCUAUAUAUAUAUACGUAGGUAAAUUUUACAUAACUAACUAUAUUUUUUAGAGUAUAUCAUUAAAGUGUAUUACGUAAUAUGCAUUUUAUAUUGAACACAUUGUUGCAAUCCGGUCUCUCAUGCAGAAUUAGAUGUUGUAAUAAAUAUAAUUUCAUACAGUAUGAUAUAACGUGUAUUAUAUCUUUCAAGUCUUGAUGUUAAAGAAAGUAAGUGAAAAAAAAAUGAAAAAAAAAAAGGUAUUCAAAACGAGGCUAAUAUUUUCAAUAUUUUUCUCAAUAAAAAAAAAGUAAAAUUAAUUUAUUAUAACUUGUGACAUACGAAAAACCAAUAUAUGUCGAUGUAUAGUACAAGAAUAAAAAUGGGCACAUUUUGUCGCUUCUAUCAUAGUUAUGUGCGGGACCAGUGUCUUACAAUUAUGUUUUAUAAUGUUAAGUAACAUAAUGACAUCGGUGUGUAAUUAAGUAAAAAUUUAUUUACAAUAAC